GUUAGUCAAUAUAAAGCAAUAAAGUGUGCAGCCUCAGUGGAAGCGACCUGUUUGCUGAAGCUGCUGCACACGACUAGUUGUUUUUCUCCUUGAACGACAGUAUGACUGAAGCGGACUUGUACACACUGUACAAAGGGGUAUAUCUGCCUUCAGGGCUGUGCCCUCCACAAAGCCUGCAAUACUACGAGGACUUCACGUUUCGCCCCGAUGAUAUUGUCAUUGUAACAUAUCCAAAGUCAGGCACAACUUGGUCGCAGGAGAUUGUCCCACUGAUCAUGAGUGGAGGCGAUCCGGCCUCCGUUGAGUCUCUCCACAACUGGGACCGAGUGCCCUGGUUGGAGAUGCAUCGGUCCAUGGACCUUAACCUUGAAAAAAGGCCGUCUCCUCGCAUGUUUGCGACUCACUUCCACUACAACAUGAUGCCUCCGGGCUUCUUUGAAGUAAAGCCAAAGGUCAUCUAUGUCAUGAGGAAUCCAAAAGAUGUGUUUACAUCUUUCUUAUCUUAUUCUGAAGUGGCCUCGUUCCUGGUUAACCCAGGCCCACAGGGAGAGUUCCUCCACAAGUUCCUUGAUGGAAAAGUUUGUCAUGGUUCAUGGUUUGAUCAUAUAAAGGGUUGGCUGAGUGCUGAAGAUAAAGAGCGCAUCAUGUACAUCUCCUAUGAAGAGAUGAUAAUGGACCUGAAUGACUCUGUAUCCAGAAUUGCUCAGUACUUGGAGAAACCUCUGACCACAGAGGUGAUAGAGAAGAUAACAGACCGAUGUUUGUUCAAGAAUAUGAAGCAGAACAACAUGUCAAACUACUCUGAUGUUCCUUGUGAAAUAAUGGACAGGACAAAGUCAGAAUUUCUCAGGAAAGGAAUAACUGGAGACUGGAAAAACCAACUGACAGUGGCAGAGGCAGAGUACUUUGAUGCUGUUUACACAGACAAAAUGAAAGAGUUCAAAUAUAAAUUUGUAUGGGAUCAAAAUAGCUGUAAUGAGCACUAAAUGAUAAUCACCCCAUCAUACAAUAAUCAUAAUGCACAAGAUAUACAUCUUUCUUAGAGGCAGAUCAUUAGCAUUACUGCUUUUACCAGUAUUACUUUCUAAUUACUUAUCUUAAUCAGAAAGCUGCAGUCUCAUCUUCUGGACUUUAUGUCAAAUCCUCUGUGUUGAGAUAUAUAAGCUUUCUGAAAUAUAAUUUAGGCUUUCAGCAUUGAUUGCUAAUCCUAUGUGCUGCCAAGAUGACCAAGGCAGGCCAGAUAAUGCCUCAAAGCCAACUAUGAUAUAACACUUCAACCUUCUGUUCCUAAAUGUAUUCCUAUUCCGUUUUUAUUUGCUUCCUCAUUAACCACAUGACAUCCUGUCUUUUAAAUACCCUGUCUGAAUCAUGGAACAAAGGGAUGGUGCUGGUUGGGCUAAGAUUUAAGAUCCAAUGGUUUGUUUGUAUUUAAUUGUAUGUUUACUGACAACGUCUCUUGAUAUUGAAUUAUAACAUGUAAGAAUUAAAAAGAGAAUGUGGAAAUGUA